AUGGAUGCCCAAGCAGAUGCUCAAAGCUCAGCUCAGGCGCAGGGUCCCACCUCACGUCCCCCACUUGUCCCCGGCUCAGCAAGAAGAACGGUGCAAGAGGUGCCGGGUGAUCUCUUCGACGCCCCCGAGGGAUCUGCAUUGAUCCAUGCCUGCAAUACCGAGGGCAGUUGGGGAGCCGGUAUCGCACGAACCUUCAAGCACCGGUACCCCGCGGCAUAUCGCUUCUAUCGCGAUCACUGCCGGCACUAUGCGCAGUCUAGGGAAAUGCAUGAUACCGAGGAUAUGUAUGCCCACGACACGGAUACUGCUACUAUCAGAAUGCCCCUAGGUACAGCCCUGAUAAUCCCACCACAGGCAGCAGAUGCCCGUCCGCGCCGGAAGAAACAUUGGAUUGUCUGCCUGUUUACCUCCAAAGGCUAUGGGCAACAUGUUGACCGAUCGGAGCAAAUUAUCAACAGCACCCUUGCUGCGCUGGAGGAUUUGAAGGAGAAACUGGCAGAUCUUCGUCUUGAUGGGACAGAGCCGUCUCCCACGGCGCUGUACUCUUGCCGGUUUAAUUCGGGCUUGUUUGCGGUACCUUGGAGCCAGACUCGGGCGGCUAUUGAGCUGGUGGGAUUGGAAAUGACUGUGAUGACCCUGCCUGGGGGGAAUGACGACCAGGAGUAG